AACAAGGUCCAUCUCUAAAAAGACACGUAAAGGCAACAAACAGAGUAAAAAAGUGACAAAGUCAAAUUUAUGAAUUAAGUACAAAGAAAUACAAGAGCUGACACAAUGGACGCUGGCGUGUGGUACCGCUCGCUGCCCCGAUUCACCAGAUAUUGGCUGACGGCCACCGUGGUGCUGAGCAUGCUCUGCCGCUUCGACGUUAUCCCCCUCUAUUGGCUGCAUCUGGACCGAUCUGCGGUCUUUGGCAAGCUGCAGCUCUGGCGCUGUGUGACGUCACUGUUCGUGUUCCCAAUCUCCUCAAAUACAGCGUUUCACUUCCUUAUCAAUUGUUUUUUCAUAGUGCAAUACAGCUCGAAACUGGAGAAGGAUCAGUAUAGUCGAAGUCCAGCGGAUUAUCUCUACCUGCUGAUCGUAUCAGCUGUGCUGGCCAAUAUCGGUGGUAUGAUAUUCAAUGUUUACUUCCUCAUGGACAUGCUCGUCCUGGCCAUCACCUAUAUUUGGUGUCAGCUGAACAAGGAUGUCACCGUGAGCUUCUGGUUCGGCACCAGAUUCAAGGCCAUGUACCUUCCCUGGGUCCUGGCCGCCUUCGAGUUCAUUUUCCACUUCUCCCUCGCCUCGCUGGUGGGCAUUUUUGUGGGACAUGUCUACUACUUCUUCAAGUUCCAGUACUCCCAAGACCUGGGCGGAGUUGCCCUGCUGGAAACCCCUCAAUUCCUAAAGCGUCUUGUGCCGGACAUUUCCGGUGGAUUUGGUGGCUUCGGAGUGCCACCGGAGAGCAGAGCACCACCGCGACAAGCGCCCGAAAGUCCUUGGGGCCGGGGCAUGACCUUGGGUCGUAACUAAGCACUCAACUGAUCCUCGAAAGUAGACUAAUUCACUUUUUAUGCUUUGGUUUUCGUCUUUUCUGAACCAAGCUCUUAUACAAAAAACCCAUAUUUUUCAAACUAUUUUUCAAUCACCACUCGAUUCUCUGGCAACAGCAAUAAGUUAACAUGUUAAGUGGCAGGUUUGCAUUGUGCAUUAAUGAAAUUAUAUUGAUAUAUGUUUGUACAUAUAUGACCAUCAAGAG